CAUGUGAAGAUCCAAACAGUCAUUAUACUGCCUGUGGAAAUGCCUGCCCAGCCAGUUGCUCUGACAGAACUGCCCCGUCGAAGUGUAAGAAGCCCUGUGUAGAAACCUGUGAAUGUAAUGAAGGAAUGCUUCUAAGCGGGGGUAAAUGUGUGCCCAUCUCAAGCUGUGGUUGCCAAUACAACGGACGGUAUUACGAACCCAACCAGUCUUGGUAUGAUGAGAAAUGUACUUUGCUCUGCAAAUGCGAUCCAGCACUGGGCAUGCCCGUUUGCCAGCCAACAAGCUGUAAAAAGAGCGAGAUGUGUAUGGUGGCUGAUGGAAAGCGAGGCUGCUAUCCUACGCAGUACAGAACAUGCAUAGUCUCUGGUGAUCUUCACUAUACCACAUUUGACAAAAUGAGGUUUAAUUUUAUGAAGACCUGCAUCUACCAGCUGGUUAAGGUAACCUCUGAUGACCCAUCCCUGGUCAAGUUCACCAUGAAAGUCCAGAAUGAACACCGAGGGAACAGAGCAGUGGCCUUCACCAAAGAUGUGACAUUGGAAGCCUACAACAAAACCAUAACCGUCAGUAAAGAUACUCCACGGAAGAUAAAGGUUGAUGGACAAUACACUUGGUUACCGUACUAUUAUGAGUCAACAAAGAUUGCUGCUUACCUGUCAGGAUCUGAUGUGGUCCUCACAACAGACUUCAACUUAAAACUGACUUUUGAUGGAUGGAGUCAUGUACGUGUUGUCUUGCCAAGCACCUAUGCUGCAGCCGUAAGUGGUUUGUGUGGCAACAACAAUGGAGAUCCCUCUGAUGAUUUCACCAUCAGCAACGGUGUAAAAGCCAACAGCGCUGAAGAAUUCGGAGACCACUGGAAGGUGGGAGAAGUUAAAGGAUGCGCAAGAGAGUGCACUAACUGUCCAAAAUGCACUGAUGCAGAGAAGGGCACCUACAAGAGUGACCUGUAUUGUGGUCUCCUCAUCAAAGCUGAUGGACCAUUCAGUCAAUGUCAUGCUUCUGUUAACCCAGCUCCAUUCUUUGAAGACUGCCUAUUUGAUGCCUGUGCCUACAAGGGCCACCAGUCAGUUGUCUGCAACAUCCUUGCCUCCUAUGUUUCUGAGUGUCAGAAAAAUGGCUCCAUGGUCAAGGAAUGGAGGACUCCAUCUUUCUGUGAACUGACCUGCCCCCCGAACAGCCACUACAAGCUCCUUGGAAAUGGUUGCCCUGCCACUUGCUUUGGCCUGAUUGCUCCACCAUCUUGUGUACCAUCCUACACCGAAGGGUGCUACUGUGACAAUGGCUUCAUCCUCAGCGGCGAGGACUGCGUGCCGGUGCCAGAAUGCGGCUGUGUCUUUGAGAAUACCUACUACAAAGCAGGACAGGAGUUCUACGCCGAUACUCUUUGCCAAAGGAAAUGUACAUGCGGUGCCAACGGUAUAACCACCUGCCAGGACAGUCCCUGCGGAGCCAACGCUGAGUGCAAAGUGGUGGAUGGAGUUCUAGGAUGUCACCCUAAAGAGUUUGGACAGUGUGUAGCCUGGGGAGACCCCCACUAUAUCACUCCAGAUGGCCUCUACUACUCAUUCCAGGGCACCUGCGCCUACAAACUUAUUGGGAUUAAAAAACAUACUGACUUCGAAGUAAUAGUGGAAAAUGAACCCUACGAAAAAGUGGCAGUCACCAAAUCAGUCACAGUGAGAAUUGACAGUUACAUAAUUCGUUUGGAGAGAGGAAGAGGAAGGACUGUACUGGAGUUCUAG